CAAGAAAUAACUUGAUUUCACAUAACAAUGUGUGGCAUUUGCUGUUCUGUAAGCUUUUCCGUUGAGCAUUUCAGCAAAGAUUUGAAACGGGAUUUACUGUAUAAUCUUAACCGACGGGGACCCAACAGUAGUAAACAGUUGUUAAAGUCUGAUGUUAGCUACCAGUGUUUAUUUUCUGGUCAUGUCCUUCACUUAAGAGGUGUUUUGACUGCCCAGCCUGUGGAAGAUGAAAGAGGCAAUGUGUUCCUGUGGAAUGGAGAAGUCUUUAGUGGCAUAAAGGUUGAAGCUGAAGAAAAUGAUACCCAAGUAAUGUUUAAUUAUCUUUCCUCUUGUAAGACUGAAUCUGAUAUUUUGUCACUCUUCUCAGAAGUCCAGGGUCCUUGGUCUUUUAUAUAUUACCAAGCAUCUAGUCAUCAUUUAUGGUUUGGUAGGGAUUUUUUUGGUCGUCGUAGCUUGCUUUGGCAUUUUAGUAAUUUGGGCAAGAGUUUCUGCCUCUCUUCAGUUGGUGCCCAAACAUCUGGAGUGGCCAACCAGUGGCAAGAAGUUCCAGCAUCUGGAAUUUUUAGAAUUGAUCUCAAGUCUCCUUCCAUUUCCGAAUCUGUGGUUUUAAAAUUGUACCCUUGGAAAUGUAUUUCUAGGGAGAAUGUUAUCAAAGAAUGUGUUAAUAGCCUGACUCAAAUUUCAGCAAACUUGCCAACAUUUGUAUCAGUGGUAGCAAAUGAAGCCAAACUCUGUCUUAAAGAACCUGUUGUUCCUUUAAAUAUGACGUUGCCACAAGCUCCAUUUGAGAUUUAUUGCAGUAACAUUGCUAGUGUCCCACCUACCAGGGAAACGCUUCAGGUCUUUCUUACUGAUGGACACAUGAAGGAAGUAGUUCAGCAGUUCAUUGAUGUCCUGAGUAUCGCAGUGAAGAGACGUGUCUUAUGUUUACCUAGGGGUGAAAACCUGACACAGAGUGAGGUUUUGAAAAGUUGUGAUAGGAAAGCAAAUGUUGCAAUCCUGUUUUCUGGGGGUAUUGAUUCCAUGGUUAUUGCGGCCCUUGCUGACCAUCAUGUACCUUUAGAUGAACCCAUUGACCUUCUUAAUGUGGCAUUCAUGACUAAAGAAAAGACCAUACUUACUGGUUUUAACAAAAAGAGGAAAAAACAGAAAAACCAUUGUGAAAUGCCUUCUGAAGAAUCCUCUAAAAAUGCUGCUGCUGCUGCUGUUGCUGCUGCUGGUAACGAUGAUGAUAGUUCUGAUAAACAAUUCAGUGUACCAGAUCGUAUCUCAGGAAGAGUGGGACUGAAGGAACUACAGGCUGCUAACCCUUCCCGGACUUGGAAUUUUGUUGAAAUUAAUGUUUCUCUGGAAGAACUGCAAGAAUUAAGAAGAACUCGAAUAUGCCACCUGGUUCAGCCCUUGGAUACAGUGUUGGACGAUAGCAUUGGCUGUGCAGUCUGGUUUGCUUCUAGAGGAAUUGGUUGGUUAGUGACCCAGGAUGAAGCAAAAUCAUAUCAGAGCAGCGCAAAGGUGGUUCUUACUGGAAUCGGUGCUGAUGAGCAACUUGCAGGUUAUUCUCGUCACCGUGUCCGCUUUCAGACCCAUGGAAUGGAAGGAUUAAAUAAGGAAAUCGAGAUGGAACUGGGUCGAAUUUCCUCUAGAAAUCUUGGUCGUGAUGACAGAGUUAUUGGUGAUCAUGGAAAAGAAGCAAGAUUUCCUUUCCUGGAUGAAAAUGUCGUCUCCUUUCUAAAUUCCCUACCAGUUUGGGAGAAGGCAAAUUUGACUUUGCCCCGUGGAAUUGGUGAAAAACUAAUUUUGCGUCUUGCAGCAGUGGAACUUGGCUUAACAACCUCUCCUCUUCUGCCGAAACGGGCCAUGCAGUUUGGAUCCAGAAUUGCAAAAAUGGAAAAGAAUAAUGAAAAGGCAUCUGAUAAAUGUGAAAGGCUCCAAGUCAUUUCCUUAGAAAACCUUUCUAUUGAAAAGGAGAUUAAAACAUAAUAUUUCACAAUGUAACAACAUUUACUGAAUGAUGAUUAUGUAAAAAUAAAACACUCGGCUGCUUUAUUAUUAUAUAA